AUGCCAGACGAUUCAAAACAUAAACAAGCAGAUUUGAUACCUUUCAAUGAUAAUAUACCACAAAUGGACAAUUGUUCUUCUUCUCAAACCAACAAACAAAUUGAACUUGCUCAAAAUGUUUCAUACUCUACAUUAAUUGAUAGAUGCCAUGAUUAUCCAUCAGAUCCAUAUUUAUUUAUUGAUACUGUGUUAACACCUCAAAUAAUCAGAACUCUUGUGGAAAUAGGGCCUUGUCAACCUGGUUUUAAUAGUAAUAAUUAUGUUUUUGAAGAAAAUGAGUGUGGCAAAAAAUUUUCUCCCAACUGGUAUAACAAAAAUGUUAAAUCAGGAAUGAGCUGUAAAAGAAAUUGGUUAGUAUUUUCCCCAAAAGCUAACAAAAUGUUUUGUUUUCCUUGCUUUUUGUUUCGAUCUGUAUCUCAGCAUAGUUAUCGAUGGUCUAAUCCUAAUAAAGGUGUUUCUAAUUUCCGCAAAGGAAAUGAAAAAAUUAUUAAACAUGAAAAAUCCAAGGACCACAGAGAUGCAGAAAAUGAAUAUUUAAUUUUAAAAAGCAGAAUUUCAAAAGACAUUACAAUCCAACAAAAUUUAAUGAAAGUUCAAAAGUCUCAAAUAGAAUUUAAUCGAAGUGUGUUAAAACGAUUAAUUGAUCUAUCUUUAUUCCUUUCAACAAAUGGUCUUCCAUUUCGAGGACACAGAGAGGACAUUAAUCAGGAUACACAAAGUAAAGGACUUUUUAUUGAAAUAGUUAAACUUGUGUCAAAAUAUGAUGCUGUUCUAGCUAAACAUUUGGCCGAGUCAAACCGAAAUGAGACAUACUUGAGUCCGAAAAUUCAAAAUGAUAUACUUAAAUAUUCGACAAUAGAUAUUGGAAGAAUUAAUCAAUUUUCUUUUAGCUUGAGGUUUGUAGAUCAACAAGGAGAUAUCAAAGAGCAUUUUCUGUGUUUUGAAGAACUACAUAAUGCAACUGCAAAUGAUUACUUCGUCAUUAUAAAAAAGUUAAUGGAAGAAUAUAAACUAGAUAUUUCUUUAUGCCGUGGUCAAGCCUAUGAUGGUGCCAAUACCAUGUCUGGACGAUUUUCUGGCCUGCAAUCUAAAAUAAAAGAUGUAUCACCAUUAGCACUAUAUAUUCAUUGUUUUGCACAUAAUUUAAAUUUGGUGCUUAUAGAUUCCAUUAGAUCAUCUAUAAAUGCAGUUUCAUUUUUCGAUGAAGUAGAUAUAGAAGCGGAAUACCGUUCAUUUUGUUUGGUUUACCAUCAAGUAUAUGAUGAAGUUGAACCAUUAAAACUUAAUGAAGUAUUGAAGUUCAUGAUAUCCCGAGACAUGGUUUCUUCUUAUCCAAAUUUAUUUACUUUGUAUAAAAUAUUUUAA